AUGUCGCUCUUCUCCGCUCGUGUGGCCUCUUCCAUGGCCAGGCGUUUGCCUAAUGCCGCCACAAAGGUAUCGAAGGCCGCCGCUCCAGCGGUCGCAGUGGCUUCGCGCAAGCUCCAUGUUUCCGCCCCACACAAAGCUGCCGAAAUCUCCGCCAUCCUGGAGGAGAGAAUCCUCGGUGCCGCACCCAAGGCUGAUUUGGAAGAGACUGGACGGGUGUUGAGCAUUGGUGACGGUAUUGCUCGUGUAUAUGGACUGAAGAACAUCCAAGCUGAGGAGAUGGUGGAAUUCUCCUCUGGUCUCAAGGGAAUGGCUCUUAACUUGGAGCCCGACAAUGUGGGUGUGGUAGUAUUCGGUAAUGACAAGCUGAUCAAAGAAGGUGACAUCGUAAAACGUACCGGUGCCAUUGUGGACGUGCCUGUCGGUGAACAGAUUUUGGGUCGUGUUGUUGAUGCCUUGGGUAACCCUAUUGAUGGAAAGGGCCCAAUUGACACAAAGUCCCGUAUGCGAGUUGGUAUUAAAGCCCCUGGUAUCAUCCCACGUGUGUCUGUACGAGAGCCUAUGCAGACUGGUAUUAAGGCUGUAGACUCACUGGUGCCCAUUGGACGUGGUCAGCGUGAGUUGAUCAUUGGUGACCGUCAAACUGGCAAAACUGCUUUGGCCAUUGACACCAUCAUCAACCAGCAGCGUUUCAACAAGGGCGAAGACGAGAAGAAGAAGCUGUACUGUAUCUAUGUGGCUAUAGGACAGAAGAGAUCAACUGUAGCCCAGAUUGUGAAGAGGUUGACUGACGCCGGUGCCAUCAACUACACAAUCAUCGUGUCUGCCACUGCCUCUGACGCCGCCCCUCUGCAAUACUUGGCGCCUUACUCUGGGUGUGCUAUGGGUGAAUUCUUCCGCGACAACGGCAAGCACGCCCUUAUUAUCUAUGAUGACUUGUCUAAGCAGGCUGUUGCCUACCGUCAGAUGUCCCUGUUGCUACGUCGUCCCCCGGGUCGUGAGGCCUACCCCGGAGAUGUGUUCUACCUCCACUCACGUCUUCUGGAACGUGCUGCUAAGAUGUCUGACAAGAUGGGUGGUGGAUCCCUGACAGCUUUGCCAGUUAUUGAAACCCAGGCUGGAGAUGUGUCUGCUUACAUUCCCACCAACGUGAUCUCUAUCACAGAUGGACAGAUUUUCUUGGAAACUGAGCUGUUCUACAAGGGUAUCCGGCCAGCCAUCAACGUCGGUCUCUCCGUAUCACGUGUAGGAUCUGCUGCCCAGACCAAGGCUAUGAAGCAGGUGGCAGGUUCCAUGAAGCUUGAGCUGGCUCAGUACCGUGAGGUCGCUGCAUUUGCCCAGUUUGGUUCUGACUUGGAUGCCGCUACUCAGCAGCUUUUGAACAGGGGUAUGCGUCUUACUGAGCUCUUGAAGCAGGGACAAUAUGUGCCCAUGGCUAUUGAAGAACAGGUUGCUAUCAUCUACUGUGGUGUACGUGGUCACCUUGACAAACUGGACCCAACCAAGAUCACGGCAUUUGAGAAAGCUUUCACUGAACACAUCAAGACCAGCCACCAGGGUCUGUUGAGCACUAUUGCCAAGGAUGGACAGAUCACCCCUGAGUCCGAUGCCUCACUGAAGAAGAUCGUCACCGACUUCCUUGCAACUUUCCAGGCGCAGUAA